CUUGGUGCUUUGCAUUCAGUGUAAUUUCCUUUCAUAACGAUCACUGCCACUCGUGCAUUAGCUUGUUCACUGCUGUCGGGGCAACACUUGCUGCGUAAGUGUGUGCAUGUGCUUGCUUGCUUACAACAGGCCAAAUUAUGCAGGGACUUGGGAAGACAGAGAGAGGCGAUCAGGGCCGAGACAUAGACCUGACAUCGCUGAGAUCCACCAUGCCAGCCGGUGGCCCUUUACAGGGAGGUUCCAGCUUUAAUCUAAACAUGAACCUGUAUGCCACUAAGAAAACUGCAGCUGAGGGCAUGUUGGAUAUUGCUCUGUUCCUGGCUAAUAUCACACACAUGAAGACCGUCAUCGAACAAGGAGCUGGAUACAGGUACUACGUUGCUGUUCUGACACUCAUUUCCUUCUCCCUGGCUCUUCAGAUAAUGGUUGGAAUCCUGAUCAUCAUCAUUGCCCGCAGGGACCUGAAUGUGGUGUCCAAUCAGAAACGGCUCGACUACCUGAACAACGUUGCUACAGGCAUCAUCUUUGUCACCACGGUGACUAACUUCUUCAUCAGCUUCUUUGGAUCCAAGAGGACCGGCUUCUUCCGCUGGCUGCUCGCUCGGCUCCACUUCUGACACGCACUCACACAAAACUCAUGUGCACUCACAUAUCAGACACACUUACACACACACAAACACAACAUGCAUGCACUUAUUCACACACCAUCAAACACACUGAUCAAAGAUGAACUUAACUUCUAAAUAAAUGUGUGUCUGUAAGUUUCACUUAUUUUUAUAAAUUUGAAACACAGUUCAAACAUCAGAUCUUAUUUAUUCUUCAGGGACUGAAAAGUGUUAUUCAGCCUAUAAUCCGACUAAAAUAUCUUCACUUUAACCAACUGAACAUCUGUGUAAUUAUAUUUUUUAAUUUGUUACAUUAUUAAUGUUGAACCUUCAUUUAAAAAUGUGAUUUUGUUCCAUUAAGUCUGUUUCAAACUGUUUUCCACUUUAUAUGUGUUUCUACCUUGUUGAUCCGUAAUGAUAAAAUUGAGAAAACUGAUGUGAAGAAUAAUUUUUUACAGUAAAUGGUUUAAUUAAAAAAAAGGCAAGAUUCAAAGCCAGAUAGGAACAGGUGGUAAAUAUAAGAGACAUCUCUACUGUAAUAUGUAUGAAUACAUUCUCAUCAAGAAAACUGAAUAAAUAUAGUGAUUUAACAGAAGGUGUGCUCUUUGUUUUUUGUUUUUUUUUUGCUGAAGAUUGAUUUUUUGGUGUUAAUGGUUAGCUGGUAUAUGAAAAGGUGACUGCCAAGUGGUACAGUGGACCUAUACUUGUAGUCAACAGUUUGGACCCAUUUUUCCACUGAAAUGAAUAGCUGUCAGCACCAGGUGUAGUUUGAACCCUCUUUUUCUCUAUUGUGUAUGUAUAUGUGUGUGUGUUUGUGUA